AAGCUAAAAUUAUCUAGUAAAUACGAGAAUAUAUCAGAAUUACUGACCGAUAUGCGCAAACAAUUAUUACCAAGAAAAUCAGCAUCGGCCAUACAAAUGAAACUUCAAACAUGUAAGCAAAAUGAACGCACUGUUGCUGAUUUUGGCAAGGAAAUUUCUGAAUUGUUCGCGGAUUUAACUAUUACCCAAUCGGACGGAAAUUCUGAUCAUUAUAAUGUUCUGCGCCCGUUAAACGAAAAUUACGCAAUUAAACGGUUUGCCGACGGGCUUAGGAACCGUAGAACAAGUACAAUAAUUGCAGCGCGUGAUUUUAAUACACUAAAAGACGCCAUUCAAGCAGCGCAAGAUGAAGAGAUCACGAUAAUUUCCUCAGCGGAUGUAAUGGGCAUGUCCGCUCAACCCCGUGGGUUUACACCCCCCCACCGAGCAGCGAAAGCGCGCGGAGGACACAGAGGAUACGCGCGAGGGCAGUCCGCCGUAAAGCAAGAAGCGAAUCAAUUCAUUAUGUUGACACGAAGUUAAAACAAGAAUGUGUCAUUAGUUCUCAAGAAUUAUGUCACGGAGUAUACAUUGCUAACAUUAUAGUACAGCCGCAUAAUGGUAAGAUACCUUUUAAAAUAAUGAAUACACGAAAUGAGGAUGUAAUUUUGAAUUAUUUUAAUUUAAACGUUUCUAAGUUAAGCGAUUAUUAUUUAUGUCACUUUAAUAAGUCGAAUAUGAACGCAGAGAGGGUCAAGUCUUUGUUUUCUUUACUAAAAUUUGAAAAUCUAAAUGAGGAAGAACAAAAGUCUAUUGAAAACAUUUGUGCCAAAUUUCCAGACGUCUUUCACGUACCAGGAGAUAAAUUGACAACGACUUCAUUAUACGACCAUACUAUUGAAUUAAAGCCACAUACUACUCCUGUUUACGUAAAGCCGUAUCGUUUACCACAAAGCCAAAAAU